CGAAUGUGACGUGAUUCAAUGCGCGGUGCAAACCUGAGCUGCUCAACGCGACAAUGUACAGUUUGAUUGCGUAUCGAGAAGCAGAAACGAUGCUCGCGGCAUGGUCUGAGCUCGUCAGCGCGUCCACCUGUCUGCGACAAACUUCAGUCGGCCGCGCAGCCGGCGUACUACGAGACCGUGCACCACACGGUGCUGGCGAGUGCGAACCUCGGGACGAUGAUGAUCAAGGCUGGCCGUGCUGCACACGAGCCAAGCGCGGCUGAGCACGAAUCAGCUCGCGGACGAGGUCGAGACGCUGUUCGAG